AUGCUAGCAUGUAAUGCAACUGGAAAUGAAAAAUUAAAGCCAUUAGUAAUUGGGUUUUCAAUCUCUACUUUAAAAGAUUUAGAUCAGAUAUUUCAAAUUCAAAAUCAUCAAGUUUUAUUAUUAGUAGAUAAUGCUGCUUCACAUUUUCAUGAUCAAUCCAAUAUUAAUAACUCAUAUAAGUUAGAUAAAUCAAAUUCUGAUUCAAAUAAAAUAUCUGAUAAUGAUCUAGCAUUCAAAAUGCCAACUAAUAAAACUGAAAUUUUGUUAUUGGUUUUACAUGAAGAAAUUGAAGUCACUAUUAAUAAUCUCAAUAAUUCAUGUAUUAUAACUGAAAAUAAACUUGAAGAUUCUAAAAUUGUUAAAAUAGUUUUGGAUAAAGAAAAUCAACAUAAAAAUGGAGAUUCAGAUGAUUCAGAUGAAGAAGAACCAGAAAUUCUAAUAUUAGAGAGUUUAAUGAGUUUAAAUAAGUUUGUUUAUUUUUUUGAACAACAAACUGAUACAGAUUUCAAAGCUAAGGAUCUUAAAAUAUUCCAAAAAUAUUUAACUUUA